UAGAUUUUCUUGCUGAUUUCUUGAGAAUAGCGCUUUUUUUAGGCAAAAAGAAAGUUAUUCGUCUGAAGAGGGUUAUUUAUUUACAUAUUUAUUCCAAAGCUAAAUAAAGUGAUUUUUGCUGUGGGAAAUUAUUUUUAACACAAAAUGGCAAAAAUUGAAAUAAAUAACGAGAUUAUUCUGCUCCGACAUACGGUUCGUCAAGCACGAGUUUGCGUGGUGAAUAAGCUUAUCAAAGAAGCUAAACUCCUUCGAAACAAACAUGGAAAUGAAGUACAACAAGAAAAGUAUAAGAGAAAGGCUGAUAAACUUAUUGCUGAAGUUUACGCACUAAAAAGAAUUAAAGACGAUGAGAUUUCCAAGUUUGGUAUCACAAAUGAAAGAGAUUUGACUGCAAUAUUACAAGAUGAGUCUUCAAGUCAUUAUGAUCGUGUAAAAGCAAGGGUUGCAUAUUACAAAAUUUUGUACAAAAGACUGAUGCAAUUUAAAGAAAAGUUCCCAGACUGCAAAAAAUAUUUGGUAGAAGGAAAGAAGAAAAAUGUCAAGUUGAAGAAUAAAAGUGUCACUAAAAAAUCCUUAAAAGAAAAUCCUCAACCUCAGAAUGAAAGUUCAGAGGAACAAGAAAUUAAUUCUUGUAAAAAUAUUGAACACUCUCAACAUAAAUCUAAAAAUGAGAAAAUGUGCAACACUGAAUUACUCGAAACAACAAAUAAUUUGCACGAAUGUAAAAAAUCAUCAAAUGAAGAUAGCGCACCUCUGAAAGAGGAAAAAGUGUCAAGGUUAGAAGAUGAUACAUUGGAGGAUACAGUUAUACAUAAGCAAUCAAGUGUAAUUAAAUCAUGUAACGUUACAAAAGAAGCUACUGUAAAGAGAUUUACCGAACUCUUGGAGGAGCAAGAAUCUAACAAAAAUGUGGAGAUGUCUAUCAAAGUUCCAGAUUCUACAACUCAACAAGCAAAAAUAUCGGAUGAUUUUUUCAUUACAGGAGACAAUCAAGAUUCACAAACAAGUAGUGUUAGUGCCUCGACAUCAUAUGUAAGAUCUCACAAAUAUAAUACACGAACAUUCCAGUCAAGUAACAGAGUUGAAAAGCAAAACAUAAACUACAAAAAUAAUACAAAUUUAAAUAAAAGAUAUCAGGAUAAACAAUCUAAUAAAUCUGUUAAACGAUUAAAUAAUAAAACAUCUAUCAAAAUUAAUAAGGAUAUAAAUAAGAAUAAUUCAAAUAAUGUUAAUAACAAAGAAGAUAGUGAUUUGCAUCCCUCUUGGUUGGCUAAAAGAAAAGAACAGAAAAUCAUGAGCCAAAAAUUUCAAGGAAAAAAGAUUGUAUUUGCUGAUGAUUAGAGAUUAACAUGUUUAAUAAUUUAUAAUAGUAACAGUUCUGUAAAAUUAUAAUAACAAAAAACUUGUAAAUUGAUCAAGAACUUUGUAUAAAGAAUACAUUGCAAAUAUAUGUCUGUCAUUAUUUUAACACAAAUGUAUACAUAUGUACAUUUAUUUGAUGUAACUUAUGCAAACGUUUUAUGUGAUAAUAUGGUAUUUUUUUAAUUUAUAAAUAACCUGUAAUGUUUGUUAUACACACAAGAUACAGUUAUGUAAGCUUAUAUAUUUUCACUCAUGUAUUCUACUUUAUGCAAAAUAUGUUAUAGACAUAUUAUGUAAUAACGUAUUUACGGAAAUAAUGUUUAGUCGAAAUGAACAAGUAAAGGUGAAUAAAAAUUUAAGAUCAAAUAGA